AUGAGUCUCGUCAAGGAACGUAAGCCCAAGAAGCCACACUACAUCCCAAGGCCUCCGGGGAAGCCCUUCAAGUACAAAUGCUUCCAGUGCCCCUUCACUUGCAACGAGAAGUCGCACCUCUUCAACCACAUGAAGUACGGCCUCUGCAAGAACUCCAUCACGCUCGUGUCGGAACAGGACCGCCUGCCCAAGUGCCCAAAGCCCACAUCUGCAGACCCCAAGCAAAUGAGCUCAGCAGAUGCCAAACCGGCAUCCUCCAGGUUGGCCACAAAUGGACUCCCGAGCCUGGAGCCCAAAAUUCAGCAAGGCUUCAACAAGGAUGACGCCAAGGAUAACCUAGAGUUACGUGCGCCCCACAAGCCACCAGCGCAGAAGCCACCUCUUCACAAAGACUCUGGGCCACGUAGCCCGGCCCCCAACACCACACCAGUGUUGGAGGGCGUAGGCCGCCCAUCGGCCUUCAUGCCUGUGGGGGAGCACAGAUUGCAAGGGCCGGAGCACAGUGAUGGCCCUGCCACCAAGACCAACUCCUUCCAUGCCAAAUCCGCAUUCCACGCACCCAGCUAUCCCUGGAAGGCGGGCUCGCCCUUCCUGCCACCUGAGUUCCCGCACAAAAUCCCAUCCACAAAAGGCUUCAGUGCCAUCUCCCCCUACACGCAGCCCCCACUCCCAGAAUACCCCACACAUUUCUAUGCAGAACAUGGACUAGCCACCAUCUACUCGCCGUAUCUGCUGCCCAGCGCUCCGCCCGAGGGUGAUGGGCCCCUGCUGUCAGUCUAUGGAGCACAGGAGCACCGACAUUUCCUGCCACACCCUGGGCCCCUCCCCAAGCACCUGACCACGACCCCGUCCACAUAUGACCACUACCGCUUCUUCCAGCAGUACCACCCCAGCCUGCCCCUCCCCUAUAGCUUCUACCGUCCCGACUCAGCCUUCUCCACCUAUGGUCUCAAGCUCCCACAUGUGGCGGGGAUCACGAGAGAGUCUGACCCCCACCUACUGGAGGAGACCACCCUGGCCUACCCGGCCCUGAGCCCGUCCAAACUGGCCCCAGUCAGCUCCCACAAGAAGCACACCGAGUUUGGGAAGGAAAGCCCAUGUCCCCAAGGCAGGGACGACGCCAAAGAUGGGCAGAGGGAAUCAGAGGGGGCCAAGAUGAGCCCUCGGGCAGGCAGUGCAGCCACUGGCUCCCCAGGGAGGCCCAGCCCCACCAACUUCAUGCAGACAAGCCACAUCUGUGAGGGCCUGUAUGACCUCUCGAACAAACCAGCCCCCAGCACCCCAGCAGGGCUGCACCUACCCGAGCCAAGACCCACAGCCUCCAAGCCCAGCCGGAAGGGUGCAGACUGCCCGAGCCCACAGGCAAUGGUGUGCAGAGCUGGGUCCCCAGGAAGCCUCGAUGCGGUGAAUGAAGACCCCCCUUUUCAGACAGGGGGCACCUCUCCUGGUGCUGAGGCCACGUCUCCGGGUCCAGAGGACAGCCCUGGAACAGCCCCCUUGAACCUCUCCACAAGGCCAGCAGCAGCAGGCCAUGGACAAGGGUACACACAUGACUUCCCCGAGCUGCAGGAUAUGCCCCUCAACCUGUCCGUGAGGGACUCACGCAACACCUUGAUGGCACGGCCGCCACUCCACAGCCCUAUGCAGGAGACAGAGCCUGCUGUAGUGCAAGACACCACAGACAGCCCCCCAGAGGGUCCUCCAGACAAUGAGACCAGCCCGGUGGAAGGGCCAGCAGCAGGGAACCUGGGCUCCAGGGCCUCGGACGAGCACUCAGUAGACAGCAGUGAUGAGCAGAAGCAGACAGCCGCAGUGGCCCUCUGCCAGCUUGCUGCAUACAGCCCCGGGAAGGCCAGAGUGGACAGUGAGGAGAGCAGUGCCCAGGGGCCACAGGCUGAGCAGGACGCACCCAUACUCGGCCCCACAGAGAGCUGUGAUGUCCCCAGCAGGGUGGUCAAGCCCAAAGCACAGAAGAGGGGGGGCCAGAAGGACUCGGGGAAGUCCCAACCUGGUGUGAAGAGGGCCAAGCCCAACGACACAGCCAGAGUGCUCACGCUGAGGAAACGACCCCGCUGCCUCAACGCCUGA